ACCGUACCCCAAGCUCUGAAACAGAAGCCACAUUUGAGAGGGAAUGUUAUGCAUUAAGUGCAGGGUUCGCACUUGGUAUGGUGACCCUUGGCAAGGGAAAUGGAAUGGCUGAGUUAUCUGACUUGAGCAUGUCAGAUCGACUUUACCAUUUGAUGACUGGUCGACAUAAAAGAAACAGAGUUACACGAGCCUCACAUGAUGGAAGCCCCGGUCACAGCAAUGCAACAAGUCAGAUAUUAGAAGGUGAUCGAAUAAACAUGGAAGUCACGGGACCUGGUGCUACCAUGGCACUCGCUCUUAUGUUUCUUAAAACCAACAAUGAAACUGUAUCUGAGUGGUUUUUAGCUCCAGAAACCAUCUCUUUAUUAGAGACCAUAAAACCUCACCAUUUGUUACUGAGGACUUUAACGAGAUCAUUAAUUUUGUGGGACCAGAUUGAUCCUUCUAAAGAAUGGGUUGAUGGGCACAUACCUCAAGUUAUUUUAACUCAUUUACAUAACUCGGAAACUCAACAAAACAGCCACCAGGGUGAGACAGAGGUCGACGAACAAACAAUACUUCAGUGUCACGCAUCAAUAAUCACUGGUGCUUGUUUAUCAAUUGGAUUGAGGUUUGCUGGUUCUCAGGAAAAAGCUGCUUUCGAUACGUUGAUGCAUUAUGUUAAUUUCUUUCUUUCCCUAUGGAAGAGACCAGGUUCAACUAUGCCCACCCACCCACUUGAAGUUAUUGGUCGUCGAUUAUUUUUCACUUGUUUAUCUUCUUGCCUCAUUGCUUUGUGCAUGGUGGUGGCUGGGAGUGGAAACUUAAAAGCUAUGCAGAUCUGCAGAUACCUGCACUACAGUGUUGAGGGUGAAGUUAACUAUGGAACACAAAUGGCAACCCACAUGGCACUUGGAUUUCUAUUCUUGGGAAAAUGCAGAUACACCUUGGGCACAUCCAAUAAAGCUAUUGCUGCUUUACUUGUCGCAAUAUAUCCAAGUUUUCCAUCAAAAACCACCGACAACAGAUACCAUUUACAGGCCCUGAGACACAUGUACGUGUUAGCUGCUGAAAAACGAAUGCUGGUUCCAAUUGAUGUUGUCACACAGCGCCCUUGUUACGCAAGAAUGACAUUCAAAUAUUCUCACUGUGACUUUGAUACAGAUGUGAUAGCUCCAUGCAUGAUACCAGAACUACAUGUCAUGAAAUCUAUACUGGUAAAUGAUAACCGGCAUUUGCCUCUUGAAAUCAAUGCCCACAAACACCCAGAAAAAUUGAAGCAAAUUUUAGAAGAUGGGCUGUUCGUGCAGCUUGCACCAGGCUGCCUUCCUUACAUACAAGAUCCAAAGGGAGAUUGCAGUUUCUAUUCAUCAACCAAUCUACUUGAGAAACCGUUAUCAAACACCCUUCCCAACCUACUGUACCAGAUCUGUUGUGUGCCAGAAAACAAAGAAAAAACGUCGAGAAUAUUGUCGUUGCUUCGUGAGCAUAGGAAUCAAGAUAAAACGUUUUUCAUUUAUUUGUCUCUAUUACAGAUCUGCUGUCACCUGGAAGGAAGUGAAUCAAUUGAACCGCUAUCAACAUGGCAACUACGUCUUGCAAUGGAUUUUAUCAAAUCCAGGCGCUCGUCAACCUUAAACACUACUAUUGACACAAUAUCAUCUAAAGUGGAAAAUAUCUUUACCAAUUUUCUUUCGGAAAAACGUUCACUCAUUGAAACAAUAUUACUUCAAAAGCGAUCACAUGGCCGGUACCCAACUCGAUCACAAGUUACAUUUGACCAAUCACAUAUCAGCGCUUGCACGCAUGCUGAACUCCAUGCAUUAGCCUCUUAUCUUAUUUACAAUUCCAUUAAUUGUCCCCUAGUUGGAACAUCUACUAUUUCAUCCCCUAUGAAGCGAAAGCACAAGAAGAACAAUGAUUUAACUAAUGAACUUGUAAAACUGAAGCAGUUUGGGGACUAUUCAGUUUCUGUUAAUUCCGCUGUACAGUUGUUCUAUUCUACCACAACCCAGUGAAUUUGUGAGAGAUAGUUUGAAUAUUUUUGCUCCUGGCAAUCAUAUUUUUGUACUUUGCAUAAUAAAGUUCAUAUUGCAUUAG